AUGUCGGCCAGGCGGAAACUCUCCUUUUCCUCUGAACUUCAAGAUGAAAAGCGCCUUCUUCUAAAAUGCAAAUUACUGGAAGCAUUUGGUGUUGACGUUCAAUGCAGAUCCGGGGUAUGCAUUGGCUCUGCUGGCCACGCGAUUGCAAGCACAGGGAACAGUCAAAGUCGAGGGCGGGGGAGAGGAGCAAAAUCAGAGAAACCCAAGCUUUCCGAAGUUUACACUGCCCUGCGCCAGAGCGGGAUUGGGACUUUGGAGUUUGGAGCUAGCAAGGGACUCGUAGCCCAGACGGAGAUGGUCACCAAAGGGCGAAAAAGUACAGGUAUGGAGAGUGACAGAGGGUCGCUGGUUUCUGAAUCAGAAGAAAUAGAAUCCUGUGACAAACUAGAGCCCAGGCUCAAAGAUGAUUUCUUUUUGGAACCUGAGAAGACAAGGCGUCCCCCUAAGGAGGCAGGAUUCACAGAAAGGUCCAAGACAGCUGCUUCCUCCUCCUCUUCUUCCUCCUCCUCCUCCUCCUCUAACUCCGCCAGCACAUCCUCUGCCGCCUGCAAGAGCGCGGGCAGCGGCGGCGGCGCGGGCGCCGGGAGCGGGGGCGCCAAGAAGGCGAGCUCGGGGCUGCGGCGGCCGGAGAAGCCGCCCUACUCGUACAUCGCGCUGAUCGUCAUGGCCAUCCAGAGCUCGCCCAGCAAGCGCCUGACACUCAGCGAGAUCUACCAGUUCCUGCAGGCGCGCUUCCCCUUCUUCCGCGGCGCCUACCAGGGCUGGAAGAACUCUGUACGCCACAACCUCUCGCUCAACGAGUGUUUCAUCAAGUUGCCCAAGGGCCUCGGGCGGCCUGGCAAGGGUCACUACUGGACCAUCGACCCCGCCAGUGAGUUCAUGUUCGAGGAGGGCUCGUUCCGCCGCCGGCCGCGCGGCUUCAGGCGGAAGUGCCAGGCGCUCAAGCCCAUGUACCACCGCGUGGUGAGUGGCUUGGGUUUCGGAGCCUCACUGCUGCCCCAAAGUUUCGACUUCCAGGCGCCCUCAUCGGCGCCGCUCGGCUGCCACGGGCAAGGAGGCUACGGGGGCCUUGACAUGAUGCCCGCGGGCUACGACGCUGGCGCAGGCACCCCGGGCCACGCGCACCCACACCACCACCACCACCACCACCACCACCACGUCCCGCACAUGUCGCCCAACCCGGGCUCCACCUACAUGGCCAGCUGCCCCGUGCCCGCCGGGCCUGGGAGUGUAGGUGCGGCCGGGGGCGGUGGCGGCAGCGGGGACUACGGCCCAGACAGCAGCAGCAGCCCCGUGCCUUCGUCCCCUGCCAUGGCGAGCGCCAUCGAAUGCCACUCGCCUUACACGAGCCCCGGGGCGCACUGGAGCUCUCCCGGCGCUUCGCCUUACCUCAAGCAGCCGCCCGCCCUGACGCCAAGCAACAACCCGGCGGCAUCGGCAAGCCUGCACUCUAGCAUGUCCUCCUACUCGCUGGAGCAGAGCUACCUGCACCAGAACGCCCGCGAGGAUCUCUCAGUGGGACUGCCUCGAUAUCAGCAUCACUCUACCCCAGUGUGUGACAGAAAAGAUUUCGUCCUCAACUUUAACGGCAUUUCUUCUUUCCAUCCCUCUGCUAGUGGGCCAUAUUAUCACCACCACCACCAUCAGAGCGUCUGUCAGGAUAUUAAGCCCUGCGUCAUGUGAAUGGAGGGAGGAAGGCUGGUCUUUCCUUGUGGGGGGAGGAAUGAACUGAAGUGGACUCACAUAAUGUGCACCCCAAUAGCAGUAAGUAGCACACCAGUCACUUAGAAUCCCCAGGCCAGCAUUGUUCGCGGACACUUGUCUACCAUUGGUAGAAGGACAAGCCCUGGCAUAGUAAUGCCCUAAAUAUGUGCAGGCUCCAAUGAGGGAGAGAGUAAAUGAGAAAUCAGCUUCUUAACAAAGAUGGUAAAAAGUUACCACAUGAAAAACAUAAACAUGUAACUCUGGGAUCUUCAUUACCUUCAGUAAUCAGGGUCUGAAAAACGCAGACAAGAUGUGUGUGUGUUUUUCUUUGUCUAUGAAAAUCUGUGUGCUUUUCGAAAAGGCAGUGCUAAACACAAAAUGUCAAGAAAGCCUCAUCUUGUUGCCUAGUUAAGGAGAGAGUUCUGUUUCACCAAACACUAAGUUUGGAUACAGGUGCCAAAGAACAUUAUUAAGAAAGUAUUUAGAAACAAUGUGUCUAGUUUAAGAAUGUGGUUUUUCUUAUUAUGACAAUACAACGUUCUUUAUAAGGUUGUUUUCUACCACCAUAUUUUAAAGAUAUUUUUAUGAUCUCAUGUAUACUCACACUUUGCUUGUAUUUUAAAAGGAGGAUAUAUUUGCACUUAUGUAUACUUUUACAGUCUGCCAAACAAUUUUGAUGUAAAAUUUUUUCAAUAAAAUAUACAUAACA